AUGGUUGAUUACGUAUUAAACUUUGAUUGGGAAGGCUAUAAAGUAUAUGGUUUAGCUUUUGCUAUUGCAUUAGUAGUUGUCUUUAUCAUAUGGAGCAUUUUAAUCUCUAAAGUAUUUGAGUGGCACCCUUUCUUGAUUGCUCGUUAUGAAAUCGCUAAUCGUAUUCAUAAAGAGCGCAAUGCAGGGGUUACUACAUUCCUAUCUAUACUUUGGUGGAUUUUCUUCUCUUUACCGUUUUUAAUUUCAAUUGCUUGGGGCGUUAUUACAGCUAUUAAAUUCAAACCCGUAACAUUCGGUAUUUCCAUUGCUGCAGGUCUCCCAGCCUUACUUUUCCUCUUAUACGGCUUCCAAAACUACAAAGCAAGUGGUUAUAGAUUAUCCCCAGCCGUUCGUUACUCAUUAGUUAUCGCAUUUAUCUUAUUGGCUGGCAGCUAUGUUGCUGUUGUUUACACAUUCAGCCCAAGAAACUGGAUGGGUGAAGGAUAUCUUCUUUUGUGGCCACCACUUCUAUUUUAUGCUUUCGCUAUUGUUAGAUGCCGCAGGAAAUUCAAAUAUAUGGCACUCCCUCAGAUCUAUUCUUCAGAAGAAAAGAAGGUUGAUUUCAUCAAAGAUUUAGAAGCUGAUAAAUUCGAUGAAUGGCUCUCAGGAAGAGGCUACAUGACAUGGCCAUGGGCUGUUUUAAUUUUCUUCGUCUCUUUAAUCUUCAACGGUCUUUUCGUUUUCUUAUGGCGACUCAAGAAAGUUGCUCAAUAUAAACAAGCUGCAUUAGGCACAGGUGUUGCUUCCUUCAUCAUUGAUUUCCUCAUUUUGCUCUCAGAAUUCACAGUAACGGAUAAUACAAGAACAAUUCAUCUUCUUUUCAUCGGCUACAUCAUCAAAGUCAUCAUUGUUUCAUUCUCCGACAAGUACUGGUACAUCGGUCACGGCUUCCUCUUCUUAAUCCUCGCAACUUACUACAUUUGCCGUUUCAUCAACUGGCUCUUGCUUCUUAUCUCCAAGGCAAUGCGCCACCACGUACCAUCCGGCGACAUGUCCAAGAUUUCCAAGCCAUGCCAGGAUCUCCUUGGUAAGAUGAACCCAGAAUAUAAGAAACCAAAGACAUCAGAAGCAGUUCUUACACUCAUCUCAUUACUCCUUAUCUGCGCUGGUGCUGGUUUCGAGCUUGGAUUCUUCAAGACAGGCGAUCUCAAGGAACUUCCAUUUGGAAUGUCCCAAAAGGAUGGUUAUAUCGCUAUAGUUAUUUUCACCAUCGUUCUUGGUUUAGCAAUUGGUGGCCUUGUCUCUGUUAAAAAGGACAAUUUCAAGUGCAAGUGGCCAAUGUCUGUUGUUUUCAUCGCUGGCAUCAUUCUCGGUGCUGUAUUCUUCUACACAUUCAACCCUCUCAAGGAACACAAGGAUCUUCGUAUCUUAUUCUUCCUCGUUUACUACUAUUUGAUGGGAACAAUUAUGGUUGCAUUCUGCUACAUCGGAAAUGACACGACUUUCAAAGGAAAGGGAUGGGGAUCAUUACAAACAAUCUCAUUACUCUUCUACUGCCUUUGUUUGCUUGCAGAUGCAGUAUGUCUCGUCGCAAUUCCAUAUGUUUACAAAGAUGAAACAGUCGAAUACCUUGGUCUCGUUAUAUUCCUUACACUUACCGCACUCUACUUGUUUGCAGGCUUCUGCUUCUCUUAUUUGAAGGAAGAAUGCUGGAAUUGCACAGCUUUCUUACUUUUAAUCUUCUACUUAAUCGCUCUUGUUGGCCUUGCCUUCUCUGGUUACAAGGAUGCCCUCGUAGGAACAAUUCCUCUUGCAGCCGUUAUAUUAAUUCUUUCCUGCUUCAUCUUUGCCAUUGCUUGGACAGCAAGAAAGGGCUGGAGAUUCGAUGUUGGUCCAACAGUCAUUGUUUGCGUCGUUUCCGGCUUACUUACAAUUCUUGCAAUUGUUUGGUACGCUUACAAGAAUGAUCUCGAUAUGCUCUGCCUUGUUGUUGGUCUUGUUAUGUCCACCUUGUUCUUCGCCGCCAUCACUUACCAUCUUAUUCAGAAGAAUGAGUACAAGGCAACAUGGGGAGUCAUCUUAUCCUUCAUUCUCAUGAUCAUCUGCAUCAUUAUUGAUGUUGUCGGUGUUGCUUACACAACAAAGAACGCUUUCGCUGUCAUUUCCGUCAUAUGCGCCAUUUUGACACUUAUUUCAUAUGUCGGAAUUGGUGGUUUCGUACUUACAGCCAACUCCACAAACGCCAUUACAUACACAGACAUCUUCUUACCAGUCAGAAGAUUGUUCAACGGUGAGUUAACAAACAUGGGCUUCAUCAGGACAUUCGCAAUCAUUGGUUUCGUUGCUCCAUGGUUCUGGGGACUCAUUGCUUGCUCAUUCUUCAAGUGGUACUACUUCGGAUCUCUCGGAACAUCCGCUGCUUUCGCUGUCAUGUUGUUCAUGGCAUUCGCAUUGAUGUACAAUGUCGAUUCAAUGUCUUUUAAUGCCAUCGAGCACAUGGAGUACAAGCCAAUCGAAUUCGCCGUCAACAAGGCCAUUACAAUCUCUGGUUGCGAUGUCGAUGAAGAUUUGGUUGUUCCUAAAGAUGAAUCAACAUACGAGAAAUUCAUGGCUUACGUCAAAUCUCGUGUCCAACUUUUCAAGGACAGAAACGAGUUCGAAGCGGCUCUCAAGGCACAGUUGUACAUCACAUCAGAAAUGCAGUUCUUGUCCGAUCUCGAGAAGGCAAGGAAGUUUGUUGAAAAGAACCAACUCGAUGUUCCAUUCCUUCAGCAAACAUAUUUCAGCACUCAGGAAAAGAAGUUGAUAAUGAAGUUCAUUGAUGCUGUUGAAAACAACGAUCGCGCACUUGAGAACAAGGAAGAUGGCGAUUAUGAUGAAUACGUCCGUAAGCAAGAAAAGGCUCGUGCAAAGAAACUCAUCAACUUCCUCAAGGAAGGAAAGACACAGCUCGGCGAAUACGGUAAACUCAUCAAAGAAGCAAUGAGUGGAAACACUAAAUACGCUGAUCCAGUUUUCCAUCCACUUAAACCAGUCGCAGAAACAAAUGGAAGAUGUCUCCAAAAUGUCGAAUGGAAGCGUGCUGAAGAUGAGUUCAAGGAAGCACCAACAGGACAUGUCAAUGCAAAUGACUUGUGCCAGGGCGCUUUAGGUGAUUGCUACUUAGUUUCAGCUAUGGCAGCAAUCUGUGCAGCUCCACACGAUGUCGUUGAUAUCUUCGAAGAUCACACAAAGAUUCAGAAGACAGGAGCAGCCUGCAUCUCAUUCUACUCAAUGGGUAAGAGAGGUCACGUCAUCGUUGAUACACAACUUCCUUUCUCUACAAAGUCAGGAAAAGGAAAGUUCGUUCAUCCACGUGAUCCAGAGACAAACGGCUGGUGGUUCACAUUGGUUGAGAAAGCCUACGCAAAGCAAAAUGGCUCUUACUCAGCUAUCGAAGGUGGUAACUCCCACUUGGCUCUCUAUAGAUUGGUUGGUGGUUGGCCAGAGAUUUUCAAUCUCGAUUCACUCGAAAUGAAGGAGAGAAUCAACAACGGAACUCUCUGGAAGCGAAUCUUGCAAUGGCACCAGGACAAGGACUACAUCUGCUGCGGUUCACAUCCAGGCUCAGAUACAACCAAAUCCAAGACAAACAUCGUCCAAGGCCACGCUUAUUCAGUUCUCCAAGCUGUCGAAGUCAAAGGCUUCCAGUUGCUUCAACUCAGAAACCCAUGGGGUGACUCAGAGUGGAAUGGUGAUUGGUCAGAUAAGUCUCCAUUAUGGACAAAGCAUCCAGAUAUCGCCAAGCAAUUAGGACACACAGAUGUCGAUGAUGGUAUGUUCUGGAUCACAUUCAAGGACUUCUGCGCCAACUAUUCAACACUUUAUGUAACAUUGCGUUUGAAGAACUGGCACACAGUUGAAUUCUUCGGCAAGUUCAAUCCAGGACCAACAGAUGGUGCAAAGCCAGUCUCAACAGCUCCUCCAGCUGAUAACGUGACACAAUACACAGUCAAGUUCUCUAAGGGAUGCAAGGUCAAAGUCAUGUUCGAGAAAAUCGGUCCAAACGUUCCAACAUGGUUGUACGCUGUUUACAACAAAGGUGAAGCCGUCAAGAAGAUCUUCAAGGGUAUGCCAUACUUCACAGAGGCUAUCGCUCCUUCUUCACUUGUCGAGUCUUUCGAAUUCGAAAUUCCAGACUCACAGACACAGUAUCCAUGGACAAUCUUCCCUGUCAGAAACAAAGCUGAUAAACCACACGACUUCAUGAUGAAAGUCUUCGCAACAGAGCCAAUCGAAUCAUCAGGAGAACUCAAGCCAAAUGGCUCUGGUGGUGGAGCUGCAGGCGGUGCACAGGCAAGUGCUCCAGCAGCUGCAAAGGAUAAUGUUAAGCAAUCUCAUGGAAAGGAUUCUUCUUCUGACGAAUCUUUGUCUUCUGUCGAUUCAAGUGACCAAGUACAAGAAGUUGAGAAGGCCGAAGAGAAGAAACAGAACAACGCAAGAGAUGAAGACGCCAAGCCAAAGGUCGCUGAAAAGCCAAAGAAAGUUGAAGAGAAACCAAAGAAAGCUGAAGAAAAACCAAAGAAGAAGAAAGAAGGAAAGAAAGAAAAGAAAGACGAAAAGAAGAAUGAUUCUGAUGAAUAUUACUCUUCCUAUUACUAUUCAGACUCUUAUUACUAA